ACAACUUUUGAUUAUCAAUAUAAGCCUUCAAAAAAAAUAUAAAUAAAAUACUUAAUAGAUAAAAUUUUAUUUUUUAUAGCUUUAAAAUUUUUGCCAAUUGUAAUAAUCCACGAAUCGCUAAAAUAAUAAAGGAUAUUAAUAAAUAUUUGAAAUAUGCCUGCUGCACUAGUUUAUUAUCGCCCUACAACCAGUACUACCAUCGAGAAAGAAGAAAUAUAUCGUCCCCUAACAACCUAUGACUCUUCCUCUUAUAUAAGCAUUCAUCCAUUGAGACAUCAUUAUCCUAAAUCAUAUUUAGGUUAUAAACCUUGGACAUUUGAAAUAAAAUUUAAACCUAUUUACACACCUAGUUCAUAUGUGGUGAGUCCUAAGCUAAAUGAAUAUGCUCCUACACAUAAAGUUCUUAGUUAUGGUGGAUCGAAACUUAGUUCCGACAUUAUUCCUUAUAUAACGCCGAGCUCCUUACUAAGUAGUGUUAGAACCAGUUCACAUUUGGAUCACAAAAUAAAUGAUUAUUUUAAUUAUUAUCCUCGCUCUAUAAUCUAUAGCUAUUAUUAUCCCUACAGUAGCUAUAUUAGUCGCUAUUCUCCUUAUAGUCGGUAUCUCAGUAGCAAUUAUACGUAUCCUAGAUAUGGGUACAGUAGUCCCUACUCUUAUUCUUCAUCGUACACCUAUCCAAGAUCGACUCUGAUUCCUUACACAACUUAUACCUCCAGUUAUUACCAUUACUACCCUUCCUCUUCAUAUUCGUCUCCUUGUAUCAGCACCUCUUCUUAUCCAUACACAACUUCUAGAAAUUAUUUGAACAGUUAUUACGAUUAUUACCCUUACACUAGCAACUAUCUUUCCAAAUAUUAUACAACUUCACCGUAUGCGACAAGCAGAUAUCUUAAUUCUUACUACUAUCCUUCUAUUGCUUCCAGCUCUUAUUAUCCUUCAUCUUAUUUAUCUAGUUAUCCAAGCUCUCUAUCUCGUUCUCAAUCAACUUAUUAUGAUGACUACUAUUAUUAUAGGGCUCUUAGUCAUAACUUUAAUCCUUCAUCGGUCAAUUUAUCCUACAGUGCAUACCCUGAUAAAUACAGCUCCUAUUAUAAUAGCUAUCCACAAACAAGUUAUUAUUAUGCGUCGACAGCGUAUGACUACACUUUUCCCUAUUCAUCUUUGAGGAAAUCAUUAAGAUCUUCACCUUAUUUAUAUUAAAUAAGGUUUUAAAUUAUAAAACAUUAUUAUGCUUUUAAAUAGAAUCGCGACGAAUUCAUUUUAUUUAUUUAUUAUUAUAUAGAUCUUAUAAAAUUAUAGCGUUAAUAAUAGAAUUUAUUGUUAAAAUUUGGCGAUAACAAUAGUUGCUUUCUAAGCUUAAUAAACAUUUGUUGCAGAAUUUACUAAA